AAACCCUCCUUUAUUGUUGCUUUCUUCUUCUUCGACUAUCUUUGGUGUCAUCCUGCAUAAAUCAAUCGUUGCAUCUCGAUAACCGCUGUCGUUUGUCCUGACUCAACCUUCCUUCUUGCUAGCUUCUGGUUUCUCCUGCAACAAUGGCGACUGUGAUGCAAAAAAUCAAAGACAUUGAAGAUGAAGCAAAUGGCAAGGACUCAGAAGAACAAGGCCACAGCUCAUCACCUGGGCUUGCUCAAGGCUAAACUGGCAAAGCUAAGGAGGGAACUUCUGACACCUACAUCAAAAGGAGGCGGUGGUGCUGGAGAAGGAUUUGAUGUUACCAAAAGUGGAGAUGCAAGAGUUGGUCUAGUAGGUUUUCCUUCGGUUGGGAAAUCAACACUUUUGAACAAACUAACUGGAACUUUUUCUGAGGUUGCAUCCUAUGAGUUCACGACCUUGACUUGCAUUCCAGGAGUUAUCAUGUACAGAGGAGCCAAAAUUCAGGUAAGAUUAAUGUCUUUUCCUAAGCCUUCUGGGUUUUUGGUGUUCAAUGUGUGGUCAUCACACCCUGAUAUCUGAAGCAUGUUUUACUUCAAUUGUGCGUACUGUAUCUGAUGAUGAAAUCUAAAAGAGGAUGUUAUUUCUAGAGAGGUUUAUUUUAUUUAUGUAGUAAACAUUAGAAUCAAAGGCAGAUACCUUUGUUGAUAUAGCUUCUGAAUCCUGAUUAUCUGUUGGAAAUUUCUUUCUUUUAUUUUCAUGCAUGGUCUCAAUUUUGUUAGUUUGAUUUGAAGUACUAGUAGGAGAAAUAUAUAAUUAAGAAUAAUGCAUGUUUGCAUCUUUUCUUGUUCUGCCAUCUACAAUUUUGAGUUUUUUACUAAAUUUAGAAUCUGAUGUGAUUUCCUCUUUCACUGGCAAUUAGGGACCUGAAUUUAUCUUGGGAGCUUCUGCAUAUUAUUCUAUUAAAUGCUGGUUUAAUCCUCUAUGUGCCUGAUUUUUGAAGGUUGGAAUGCUAGAAUAUCCGAAUGAAAUAUUUUGAUUUAAAGUUGCUCCUCAGAGUUAAGUUUUCUAGGGGAUAGAUGCAGCUAGUUAGGUCAUGUAGGCAUGUAAGGUGAAAGGAUCUUGAGUGUAAGGUAGCAUUUGCUAACUCUAGUUUUAUCAGACUGGACAAGACAAAUAAGUUCAUACUUGUCUUGGUAACAAAAAUACAGGGCCAGGGCAGCACAGAAUCACCUUUUGGUGGGAUUAUUUUCUUACCUGCCAAACCAUGUAACAAAUUUGUUUCUGAAAGAAGAACAAAAACAAAAUUUCACUUCCCCUAAGAUAGCUCUUUGGUCUCUAUAUCAUCUCUUCUCUGAAUCUCAUCCCUACUCUCUCAAAUUGAAUGUGAGUUAAUGUGGUAAAGUUGGAAGCUGUAGUUCAUCAUUUUAAUAAGAAUAAUUAUCAACAAAUUAAGUUUGAACUAAUUUUAUGGUUAAAAUGACAUUAUAUUUUCAGGUAAAUAAUUUAAUUAUUGAAAGUUUUAAACUAAAAAUAGUUACUUUUGUUUACUUUUUUUUUUUUGAAAGAAAAAAUUAGAAUAAAAUUAAAAUGGCACCAAAGGGGGUACCGUCCAUAUACAAAAGAAUUUAUAGAGACGUAAUGGUAUCAAUGACAUCCUCAAAAUCUUCAUCCCUAAUAAUGUCAUGCCCCAAUAUAUAAGACCCAAAAUACUUAAACCACCUAUCUCUAAGUUUGUGUCUAUCAACUUCUACACCCUUAAAAGCUCUAUGAUUUCUUUCUUUC